UUAUUUCAUGGAGCGUUGAAAUGACGACCGUAGCUGAGCGCGUGAAAGUGUCACGGUCAUAGCCAGCCAGCCACCUCCUCCACCUCCUCCAUCUUCAUUCUUGAAUCACCACACUGUGUUGUUGUCUUGUGUCGUGUUUGGCAACAACAAAAUCACAAACCAAAAAUCAAUUCCAUUCAUCUUCAAAAUCGCUGCGAUGAGCGACGAUCUGAUUCCUCCACGGUUGCUGAAUCUCCGUUCAACUUCACACCUCCUCAAAGAAGCCACCUCUUCCUUCUCCUCCAACCUCCUCACAUUCCUCUUCCUCUCUCUCCUCAUCCUCUCCUUCCGCACCGUCGUCGAAAACGGCACCUCCCAUGUCACCUCCUUCAUCGACCGCGAUCCCUCUCUUCGCGCCCUCCUCUCCCGCCUCGACCUCGCCGGAAACGGAAACGGAAACUCCAACCGCCCUCACGACCACCACUCACCUUCUCACUCCCCCCGCCGCCGCCCCUUUCUUCAUCUCACCCGCGUCGGAACCCUAGACGACGACUUCUUCUCCGGCGACGACGACGACGGCCGCUCCCUCUUCGGCUCAUCCCCUAAACCACCUCUCAACGCAACUCUCCUCGCGUUGGGACCGUUCCGCUUCUCCGAUCCCGUCGCCGAUGACGGUGUUAGGGUUUCCGGGGUUGUCCGUCCCGGAACCACGUUUAAAGCUGAGGGACUCGACGGCGAUAAUCACGAGGUGGAGCAAGAAAACCAGGAGGAGGAGAUGAAGAACGAUUUGGGGAAUGGGCAAGAAAUGGAGAAGGGUGUGGACUUGCGAUUCUUUGUGAAGGGGUUGGAGGUGGGUCAUCGUGACGCGGCGGCGCUGUUUUUUCUGGUGAGUUUCUUGUCUGCUGCUUAUGGAUGGGUGAUUCUUGUGUUUCUGGUGACGUAUUCGUGGGUUCUAGGGGUUGUUUUCGUUGCUGUUGUGAAUGAUCUGGUAGGGAGGUUUAGCUCGGUUACUGGGUUGGUUUGGGAUGGUUCAAGAUUAGGUCUCAAGAGGCUUUCAGGGUUUAUUCUCAUGAGAUGGGCUGUGAGGGAUGCAUUGACUCAGCUUCUGGGGUUGUGGUAUUUUGGUGAGAUUGAGGAUCAGUACUCGUUUUUCAAGCUGUUUGUGAGGUUGAAGUUGAUGCCGUUCUCGGUUAUGUCGCCUUGGGUUCGAGGGUUUGAGAAGGAGAUUUCAGGGUUCUUGUUCACUUGGUUUCUAGUGGAUACUUUUGUGGCUUUUAUAUUUGCGGUGGAUGCUUGGGUUGCCAUAGUGGACUCGAGGAGGAGUGGAAGGGAGAUUGUGAAGGAAGGUUGUUAUUUGAUAUCGACCAUGUUCAACCAAGCUAUACAGAUAAAAUGCUUGGAGGCGGUGCUUUGCGGGUCGUUUGUGAGAUGGGGUUUGAGCAGGAUUUGCGGGAGAACUUUUGCCAAGAUGUUUCAGUCGACCAUGGAGGUUUACUUCAUGGUUACUUGGCUUGUGUUCUACUUUGCGGCUAGGUGUAGGGAUGCUAAUCUGCAAGGUAGGAGGUUUGGUCAGAGAGAAUUGGAAGGCUUGAUUGAUGGUCACAGAUGAUACGAUACUUGGUGGUGAUUGGAGGCAGUUUGUCGUGCGGGAUUUUUUUGUUGUGAUGCACAAGCAGCAGCAGCAAUGCUUCACAGGUUAAUGUCCCCCCUCUUUUAGAGUUCCUGUUAGCCAUCACCGCCAUUCUAUAUAGUUUUUGUCACCAACAAUGUGUUGAUUGUACUUCACCUGAAGGCCAAUAUACUUCUUGUGUAUAUUAAGGAGGAUACUUCAUAUGUAUAUUGUUCAUGGAAUCAUUUAAUUAGUUCAUGCAGUCUGUGUUGGUGAUGAUAGUCAGAAAUUACAAGCUUUGAGAAAUGAAGAAUGGUAAUGAUUUUUCUCCAUGCAACAUGGAAUUUCGUUGUGCUAACAAAAGUUGCCACUUAGCAUUUCUGUUUACUUGGUGUCAUAUUAUAUUCUUUAUGGACAAUUUGUGGCAGUGGACAUCAUCUACAAGAACACUGAAAAGCACAUUAAUCUGCAAAGAACUGGGAAAAUAAUUGAGUUAUGCAUUGUUUCCCCCUGUUGGAAAGUCUCCAAGAAGGUCAUUCAGGUUAAAGUACUGUAUGUUUGUUUUGCAUGGUUACCUCUUUUGAUAAGCGAGCCUCUGUAUUUUCUGAUGUGUAAAAUCAUCCUGCAGAAAUUUUAUAGAAUUUGUUUGCAUCAUAGAGUAGUUACUUUGGCAUGGUUUGAAUGAGAGGAAAAAUAGUGUUCAUAACCAAGUUAGGGAUAUAUCCUCGGGGCAUUCCCAGUGUUGAAAUUGAUUAAUGAAAAACCGUGUUUAGUUCUGCAA